AUGUAUCCUACAUUAAUAUUUCUUUGUUUCGCACAGAUCGCCUUUUGUCAAGUUAUUGGCAAUGGUGUGACCGGUUAUGGUGUGCCAAUGAAUGGCAUUGCCGCCAACAAUUAUGCGGCAAACGAGUUCGCUGCAAACAACUUCGCUGCAAAUAGCAUUGUUGCAAACAAUUUGGCAGCAAGCAACGCACAAAUUGGCCCAAAUAUAUAUGGAAUUGAAAGUACUUUAGCCGAAAAUGAAAUCAGAGCGACAGCGAAUGCAGCAGCUUUAAGUGCUGCAGCUGGAAAUGCAGCUGCAAAUGCACAAAUGAAUGGCGUAUCAUUUGCUGGUUUGCCAAUAUCUGGCGUGCCACCAGUAGCUUUCGGUGACGUGGCUGUAGCUGGAGAGUUGCCAGUUGGUGGUUCUACAGCUGUGAAUGGCAAUGUUCCAGUUAUUGGAUUUGUAACAUUUGAGGGUCAUGUUCCAGCCGGUGGCACUGUAACAUUAGCCAGCAAUUGCGGCUAUAACAACCCAGCUGUUCUUAUUUGAUAGAAAU